GAGUGCUUCUUGUUUGCUGCAGACAAAAGCACCAACUUCUUCUUCUUCCCUUUUAACCCUUAACCUCUUCUUACAACUAGCCCAAGCUCGAGAAGAGAAGAGAGUAGCAAUGGCUCCCCUCCGCCUCUCCUUCUUCCUCUACUUGCUCUUGCUCUGCUGCUGCAGCUCACUUUCUAUACCGGAGCUCGAGAAGAAGACUUACAUAGUCCACGUGGCUAAGUCCCACAUGCCGGACGACUUCCCGGAGCAUCGCCUCUGGUAUGAAGCCUCUCUGCGGUCCGUCUCCGACACCGCGGAGAUGCUCUACGCCUACGACACCGUCGCGCAUGGCUUCUCCGCGCGGCUCAGCGCCGCGGAGGCGCGCGCGCUCCAGGGCAGACCCGGCGUGGUCGGAGUCCAGCCCGAGGUCCGCUACGAGCUCCAUACGACGCGCACGCCGGAGUUCCUCGGGAUUGACCGCGAGGGGUUGGUACCCCAGUCUAACGCCGAGGGCGACGUCGUCGUCGGGGUGCUUGACACAGGCGUGUGGCCCGAGCGCGCGAGCUACGGCGAUGCCGGGCUCGGCCCCGUCCCCGCGAGCUGGAAGGGCGCGUGCGAGGAGGGGAAGGACUUUGAGCCGGCCGCCGUCUGCAACCGGAAGUUGGUUGGCGCUCGGUUCUUCUCCAAGGGGUACGAGGCCAGUAUGGGCGCGAUGGACGAGUCCAGGGAGUCGAGGUCGCCGCGCGACGAUGACGGCCACGGCACGCACACCUCUUCCACCGCCGCUGGAACCGCCGUAUCCGAUGCCAGCCUGCUCGGCUACGCCGCCGGCACCGCCCGCGGAAUGUCCACCCGCGCUCGCAUCGCCGUCUACAAGGUCUGUUGGCUCGGCGGGUGCUUCGGCUCCGAUAUACUCGCCGCCAUGGACAAGGCCGUGGAAGACGGAUGCGACGUCCUUUCUCUUUCCCUCGGCAGCAGCACGACGGACUAUUUCCGCGACAACAUCGCCGUUGGGGCCUUCAGUGCCGUGGCUAAAGGGGUCGUUGUAUCUUGCUCUGCCGGCAAUGCUGGUCCCUCUGCUUCCACCGUCUCCAACGUGGCGCCGUGGAUCACCACCGUCGGAGCCGGCACCAUCGACCGCGACUUCCCCGCCUACGUCGUGCUCGGCGACGGAACGAACUUCACCGGCGCCUCUCUCUACAGCGGGAAGCCCCUUUCUUCCUCGCCUUACCCUUUCAUUUACGCCGGCAACGCCACCAACGCCACUAACGGCAACCUCUGCAUGCGGGGAACCCUUCUCCCAGAAAAGGUCGCCGGGAAAAUCGUCCUCUGCGACCGUGGAUUCAAUGCGCGCGCUCAGAAGGGCUUCGUGGUGAGGGAUGCCGGAGGAGCCGGUAUGAUCCUCACCAACACCGCCGCCCACGGGGAGGAGCUCGUCGCCGAUGCAUACCUCCUCCCAACGAGUGCCGUCGGGCAAAAGGCGGGGGACGCCAUCAAGUCUUACCUUUUCUCAGAUCCGAGCCCCACGGCGACCAUUGCCUUCGGCGGGACCAUAGUUGGCGUCACGCCAUCGCCGGUGGUGGCGGCGUUCUCCUCCCGCGGGCCAAGCACCAUCACUCCCGACAUCCUGAAGCCAGACAUCCUCGCACCGGGGGUGAACAUCCUCGCCGCAUGGACGGGGAAGGUCGGGCCGUCAGGGCAAGCAGAAGAUCCGCGGAGAACGGAGUUCAACAUAAUCUCCGGCACGUCCAUGUCGUGCCCCCACAUCAGCGGCUUGGCGGCGUUCCUCAAAGGGGCGCACUCGGACUGGAGCCCUAGCGCUAUUAAAUCCGCCCUAAUGACCACCGCCUUCGCCGCUUAUCCUAACGGCGGCCGCAUCCUCGACGUCGCCACCGGUGGCGGCGCCACGCCCUUCGAUUUUGGGGCUGGCCACGUGGAUCCGCCCAAAGCCCUCGACCCCGGCCUCGUCUACGACAUCACUGCCGACGAUUACAUCGACUUCCUCUGCGCCUUAAACUACACCACGCUCCAGAUCCAGAUCAUCUCCCGGCGGCCCAACGUCAUCUGCGACGGCAAGGAGAUCUACACGGUGUCGGACCUCAACUACCCCUCAUUCUCGGUGGCAUUCAAGACUGCGAGCGGCUUGGGAGGCGGCAGCCCAUCGACGACGACGACGAUGCGGCACACGCGCACACUGACCAACGUGGGGACGCCGGGGACGUACACGGCGACGGUGACGGCCCCGGCGGAGGUGAAGGUGACGGUGGACCCGCAGGAGCUAAACUUCGUGAGCGCGGGGGAGAGGAAGAGCUAUACGGUGAGCUUCUCCGCGGCGUCGCAGCCGUCUGGCUCCGCCGCGUUCGGCCGCCUCCAGUGGUCCGACCGGAAGCACGUGGUGGCGAGCCCUCUGGCCUUCACGUGGACGUAAAUUUUCGCGACAAAUGCGAUCCCUAGAAUGGACGCUCGAUAUGGAACGGGCUUGUAUCGUUUCCAGUUAACGGCCAGCAGCGCUUUAUUAAACAAGGGGAAGUGUUGUGUCUUUUUAUAAAUUUCACAUUAUUAUUGUUGUUAUUUUCAUAUGAAAGUUGCUUUUAAUCAAAAUUUUAAAGUGAAUCAAAAUAUGAUUGAAAUCAUUUUAAAAUUA